CCUUCGACUGCCGAGCACAGAUCACCGCAGCUACACUACACUCAUCAUGAAGCUGUCUACACUCGUCGCCACCGCCUUCCUGGCCUUCCUUGUCGUCCAGUCUGCUAACGGCAUGUUCCUGACCAGCUUGGCCCUGCUGCCUGUUUCGGCGGUCACGAGCAUCGGCGGUGUUGCCGGCCUCAAGCUCGCCAUCGCCAUGAAGCUCCUCGACAGGCUCGGCUGGUUUAAAGUUAGUCGCUACGGAGUUGGUCUGCGAGCCGGCAUCGAAAGCAACAAGCUGCCCGACCGUGUCGUGCCACGCCCCGACCCAAAGGGCUUCUUCUCCGGUCCAACAAUCUCCGUACCAAUUGCGGCGUUGCCGUACUUAAUCGGGGGUGCCAGGCAAAAGCCGCUGUCCCUUCGGCUGCCCGUCAAGGAUUUCAAAAUGCUCGCCAACGCCACGACCAACUUCGAUUCACCCAAGGUGAAGUUUUCGUCCAGCGGAUCUGCUAGCGUCAAAGGCGACAAGGCCACCGUACUGAAAGCAUCUUCGGCUCUGAAGAGCCCAUUCGUCAACGUGGAAGGGAAACACGCUGCAACUAUUCGAGGUCGCCGAAGCAGCAUCGAAACCGACCCGAACGUGAUCAAGAACGCUAUCGGCCUGGUCCGCGAACUCGACACGAACCACUGCAUUCUACGCCUCUCCUGCGAGGUCAGCGCGGACCCCGCUUCCUACGGCCGCUACGGCCACCGUGUAGCUUCCUUCAUGCGCCGUCUCGGACCCGUCGGCAAGGACUCCGCCUUCGUGGACUUUGAGAAGGCCUACCACAGGGGCCGGUUCAGCGGCAUUCCUGCCUGCAUCCAGGCGUACUCCUCCUGCAAGGUGGACCUCCGCGCUAUGGUGGCCUUCGUACAGUCGUCGUGAGACGCUUCAUUUUAACAUGCGACCUGUGAUCUGUAAAUAUUUUAAUAGCAUGACGCGACUGUCGCCACCUCUGUAAAUAGCUAGAAAUAAAGCGGUUGGCAAGGAUA